UGCGGAGCGCCGGACACCUCUCUGCAGCCUGCGAGCCGAGCCGAGCUGAGCCGAGCCGGGUCGGAUUGAAGUGAACCGAGACCAGCCAAACCGACCCCAGCCGAAUCAAGUCCAGUCGAACCGUGCCCAGGAGGGUCCGAAACAGCAGCGCAUCUCGCCGAGUCCGAGCCGAGCCGGGUCGGAUUGAGCUGAACCGAGACCAGCCAAACCGACCCCAGCCGAAUCAAGUCCAGUCGAACCGUGCCCAGGAGGGUCCGAAACAGCAGCGCAUCUCUCCGGGGCCGAGCCGAGCCGAGCCGAGCCAUGCAGCUGGUCCUGCUGGCCCGGCUGCUGUCCGUCGGGAGGGCGGUGCUGGCGGCGCUGCGAGGGCGCCUGGGCGCGCUGUGCUGGAGCCUGGCUCCCCUGUCCCUGUCCCUGCCCCUGUCCCUGUCCCUGCCCGGCUGGCGGGACUCGUCUCCCCGGCCGCAGCGGGAGCAGGAAGGGGACGACGCGGCCCCGACGCCCACCAGCGUCAAUUACCACUUCACCCGGCAGUGCAACUACAAGUGCGGCUUCUGCUUCCACACGGCCAAGACCUCCUUCGUGCUGCCCCUGGAGGAGGCCAAGCGAGGGCUGGCGAUGCUCAAGGAAGGAGGAAUGGAGAAAAUCAAUUUCUCGGGAGGAGAACCAUUUCUUCAGGACAGAGGCGAAUUUGUAGGCAAACUGGUCCAGUUUUGCAAGCAGGAGUUGGAGCUCCCAAGUGUCAGCAUUGUCAGCAAUGGCAGCCUGAUCAGAAAGCAAUGGUUCGAGAAGUACGGUGAAUAUUUAGAUAUUCUGGCAAUUUCAUGUGAUAGUUUUAAUGAGGAUGUCAAUGUUUUAAUUGGCCGUCGUCAAGGAAAGAAGAACCAUGUGGAAAAUCUCCAUAAACUGAGGCAGUGGUGCCGAGAGUAUGCAGUUGCUUUUAAAAUAAAUUCAGUCAUCAACAGAUUUAAUGUUGAGGAAGAUAUGAAUGAGCAGAUCAAGGCACUGAACCCAGUGCGCUGGAAGGUAUUCCAGUGCCUGAUUAUCGAAGGGGAGAACAGUGGUGAGGAUGCUCUAAGAGAAGCAGAAAAAUUUGUUAUCAGUGAUGAAGACUUUGAUCGAUUCCUGGAUCGCCACAAAGAUGUCUCCUGCUUGGUACCUGAAUCUAAUCAGAAGAUGAGGGAUUCAUACCUCAUUCUGGAUGAAUACAUGCGUUUUCUAAACUGUAGAAAUGGGCGGAAAGAACCUUCCAAGUCCAUCCUGGAUGUUGGUGUAGAAGCAGCUAUAAAAUUCAGCGGAUUUGAUGAGAAGAUGUUCCUAAAAAGAGGAGGAAAGUAUGUGUGGAGUAAAGCAGAUAUGAAACUGGACUGGUGACUCAGUAUACUGAGUUAGGGCAGUGCAUUCUGUGAAAACAGGUGUAUCUUAUAGGUGAGUGUAUACUUGCAUACAAUGCUUUUAAUUACACCUGGUAUUUUACACAGACUGAUGUUCAGUAUAACUGUACAUGUGAAUAUGUUACAUGCUUUUAAAAUGCAGAUUACAUUGUCUAUACUUUCUUGAGCAUGACCAAAUACUUUCAGAGCUUUUUAGAUACAUGAACAGAUCUCUGAAAUAAACUUUGUAGUCCAUUGCACCAAGGACUAAAAGGCAAACUGUUUCUAUAAAAUACUCCAUGAGUGUUCAUGCCAGAUAAGAAGCAAGAAACCAUCCCAAACUCUAACUCAUUCUAAAUAGCUGUAAUGACGGAGAAGUGAAAAUUCUUAUCAGGGAACACAUUCUGCCUGUUUCUCAGGGCAACAUGGAUUGCAGUUCCUGGGUAGAUCGCUGGAGGGCCAGCUGGCAGGCCCCUGGAAGCAACUUCUGCUUUUUUCGGCAGUAAUAGAGGGUCAGAAUCCGGGAAUCAUUAAGUAAUAACGUAUUUAAAAGAAAAUUAAGGAGAAAAAAUUGGCAGUUUUUAUUCUUUAAGACUUAAUUGUAACAGAAUCUUCUCCCUCUCCUCUCUAUAAACACAUGAUAUUUGCAAAAAUGUUGAGGCAUGUAAUUUUCUGUGAAAACAUAUUUUUAGUCAUGAAAAAAUAUUAUAUUCAUUCAUCCUAAAACCUAGAGGUACAUUUUAUCUAAUGAUAAACAACAUCAUAUUUCACAUUGGAAAUGUCCUUCAAAUAUUUGUUCUAACAAAUAUUUACAAGGAAACAUUGUUUUUAUUUUAUUAGUAUCUCAAUUUUCCUUUCAUCUGCAAAUAUUGAUUUAUUACUUUAAACUAUUUUUGAACUGUGGGCAUAUAGUUCUGAUGAAUAUUCUUUCUUAAACUAAUUAAUACCAUGUAGAACAACCUAACAUAUAUCUUCUGUUGAAUACUAGCUUUUUAUUUUGCUAAGCUAUGGAACUACACACAACAAAGUUCAUAAAUCAAACAACCCUGUUUUAAAGGUUGCUUAUCUCAGCAACUAAUUAGCUUGCUGGUUAUAAACCUGCAGAUUUUAAAUGAAACUAAAUUUGGUUUUGUGAGAGCUACCUUUGAUUUUAAAAGCAGGUAGCAUCAAUAUAAAAUACAAAAACUAAAAGAAAAAUCCUCAAAACAUGAAAAAUAAUCUAAUAUACUGCCCUCACUCUUGGUUUUCUGGCAAUGGUUAUGUCUUUAUAAUGGCAGGUUUUCAAAUUUAACUAGUCCCAUCCUCCCUCUGUCUGAAGGGUACAGGGAUAGGCACUGCACAGAGCAGAAGUGAGAUGGCACUACUCAUUAAUCCUGUCCCUGAACUCAAUGCCUGGACUGUCUCACACAUUUAAAUAUUUGCAGAAGCUGGAAGCCAGCAUGCAUUAAAUAUACCAGAUAGAGAAAAUGACACCUUAUUCAAUUUUUUUUUGGAAAUGAUAGUUGAUUUUUUUAAAGAAGUUUUUUGCAUUUUUGCAUGAAAGAAAUGUUUUGCAUUCACCUAAUGCACCUUUAAAGUUGAAGGGGGAAAAUGCUAAAGUAGGAGCUGGUACUUCUGUGUAAAGGAAAGUACUCUGAAUACUCAGUGAAAACGUUUCCAUUUAUAAUUCCUUCAGUUUCUAUUUUUACGAUCCUAACUGUAACUAUACUCAGUGGUGCUCUUUUGUCUCUUUGUAUUUUGCAUUUUGCAGUCACAACAUUUCCUAGACACAGACAUUUCAGUAUUUUUUUUUUCUUGUAUUAACACUAAGUGACAUUUAAAAUGUGGCCCACACACAGUAACCCCACAGUCUUUUGGCAGCUAUUUCACUGACCUUGGCUGGAGAUCUCCCUGGCUCUAUGAGCAGUGCAAAUUUAUGUAACUGGGGUUUGACUUCCCCUGCCCAAAUAUUAAAUCUAGUCUCUUCCUCAGUACCUACACCACACUGAUAGAAAAGAAGCAUUUUUCUUUGUUGCUGUCUCAGUCCCAGGAUGGGGAAAGAUUUAGUGCAUCAAUGUACCAAAAAAUCUACCACCCUGCAGCUUCUGCAAAAAAUGCCAGCUGUAGCACAGCACACAGAUAUGAGGUACACAAACUCCUGUUCAGGUCCAGAAAUCCUGCCAUUCUUUGCUUUGCAUUUUAUCCUGUAAAUGGCUAUCCUUUUGCUUCCUCUGUGCCUACAGAGGAAACUGCAGGAGAAACAAGAAGGAGAUGAAAAUGUCAAAAUCCAGUAAAGAAUGUACAGACAUUUAAGAUGACUUUUGCUAGAAGGUUCUAUGUGCUUAAAAUGUUGGGGAUUUCACCUGCAUAAUUAGUAAAAGGUUUCUGUUCUGUGUGAUACUCCUUUUCAAAGGAAAUAUGAAUUGUGUACAUUGGAAAUUAAGAAUCUCACAAUACAGUUUGAGAGUAAUUUCAGUUAAUGAACAGCUAUUGGCAUUUUUAUUUGCAAAAUCUAUUGUUGUGUAAAACAAAAAAAAAAAAAUUGCUACAGUUGAUGAGUCUAGUUUAUGUUAAUAAAAUUAUAAACACAGUUCAUAUUGGACCAAAAGUGGAUUUUGGCCUUUCAUGAUGUAGUAGGGGCUACCUUUCAGUAUGGGACUAGAAAAAUAAAACAGAAUUCAACAUGGUUACUCUCAGGCUUAGUGAUUACAGCUAUGUUGUGAUCCUGAAAAGUCAGGAUUAAAUUUAAGUCUUUUAAGCACAGAUAUGCUUAAUUGUAGCUUUGUGUAUAAUAUCAUAGUAUUGCAGCUAAGCACUUGUUAAAGAUGCUGAAUUGGGAAAGAACUGGCACUGCAUUCCACUAACAUUAUACAAUUGUUUCUAUUUGUAAAACAAAUGUAGAGAAUGACUGUUUGGAAGGAUGACUUCUGAUAAAAUUGUGACUAUACCUUGGGUAACAAGUAAAAUUGUCACUUAAGAUGCACUUUAGGAUCCCCUAUUUUUCAGUAUGAAGGAUGCUGAUAUAUUUGAAUGUUACCAAUUAUCAAUUUUGGACUAAUAGUGUCAAAUAAUUAGUGCUAAGUAUUUCAUGAGUGUGUUGCACCUUUCAAUAAAUGUUUCUAUUUUCUUAA